ACUUGGCAAAAAGAUCCUUCAAAGUAUUCAACUGCUUUGUUAGAGUACAGACUUCCCCCUCUUUCUCUUUUAACUUGUUUCGAAUUCCUUCUAUUUUGGCUUGCCAUUUUUUACCUUCUUCCCACCUAAUUAAUUCUUCUCUAGCACUCUGUAAACAAUAACAAAGGAGGGAGAAAAUUACCAAUAUUAUUUUCAUUUUAAAUCUAUCAACUAUAAUUUACUAGACAAUGGUAAACCAAUACUUCCAAGAGAAUAUGUAAAUAUAUUCAUUUUGCUAUAUAACUUAGCUUAAGGAUUCUGUAUUUUAUAACUUGAUAGAAGAAAUUCUGGGGAACAGAUCACACUAACAUUAAUGCCCUUAGGAAUCUCUAAAUAAAGGUUCUAAUACAGAUGAUCGUGACUAAAGUAAGCUUCAAACAAAGAAUAUGUACGUAUAAAUAACCCAAUUUUGUCACCAUAUAGCAUCACAGCCCCUUCAAAUCCUCAAUGAGCAUUACUUCUUUUAUUCAACAGAUAUUUGUUUAGUACUAACCAUAUGUCAGGUACUACUCUAGGCACCAGGAACAGAAGCAAUGAAUAAACCAGACAGAAACCCCUAUCUACAUGGAUAUUACAGUCUAGUUUUUGUUGGCUGGAUGAGCAGAAGGAAGUAAAAUGUAGACAAAAAACAAGAAUAUAAAUUUUGGUAUGUUCGCUGGUGGUAAGUGCUAAACAAACAAACAAAGCAGAGAAGGGAAUUAGUAGGUGUAGUGGUUCCAGUUCAUUAUAAUUGAGAUGAAGUCACCAAGAAAAAUCCAUAUAAUGCAGAACAGUCCAAUGUGCUGAACCUUCAAAUGUUCUCCUGGACAUUCAUGUAACUAAAAAGUCUGUUCAGUUAUCUGAGCCAAUAACUUAUCUUCAUUCCACAAACCAAUUUUUUUAAUGGCUUAGUAUAUGCUGCAUUUUCAAGGAAUGAAACAACCUUAUAGAAGGAAAGACUGUUGAGAUCAUUUUGCUGAAAACCAUACCAACCACUGUGUACGAUUUUGGAGAUUAAAUUACAACUGGCAAUGGUAUUGUGACAUACUAGCUGCCAGCAGCAUGCAUUCGUGUCAGUCUGCAUUACAGCUCUGAAUUCACAUGAUCAUGCAUAAAGGUGCAUGCACAUGCCUACUUCAUUGUGUUUUCUAGUGUAGUAUGCCACAGCAUUUUCAUGCAGAAAUACGAAAAAAACAUAUGAGUAUAUUUAUUAUUUUUACAAGUGAUUUUCCUUUUAUUUUUCUCUUAUUUCAUUAAGGUUAUUUCAAACAAUAUUUUUGAAAUUAUGAAUGAAAUAGUUUAUAUUAACCAUGACUUUCAUGGGGAAUAGGAAAGAGGAUAUUAUGAAACACUGUAUUUACUAUAAAUAAGGCAAUGUUGGGGCUGAAAGGGUUAAAAGCCAUAGCUUAAAGUCAUUUGCCCAACUAAAAUAACUUGCCCUAUCAAAACUAUCUUCUCCAAUUCUGGCCAACUUUUUGACCUUAUUUAUUUAGUUCAGCUAACAAGUAGCCUUUAAAAAUAUAUAAAAACUUAAGUGUUUGAUAGUUAUUAACUUUUUUUUCCUGAAAUAUACAAAAAGAAUUUUAUGUACUUCCAGAAAUGUAACUAUUAAUUGGGGUCAUAAGGUAUGAAAGUAAAUAUUCUGUGGCAUGGAAUGCUUUGCAGGGGAUGGGCAAUUCUCUCUCAUCUGACAUUGCCAUCUACAGUAAGACUGAUGGAAGCAAGGCUGAAAUAAUUUAAAAAUGAACAAUAAGAAAUAACAAGCAAAUGUCAAAGAUCUGUUAUAGACUGGGGAAGAGAAAGGGAGAAAGGGGGAUGGAGAGAAGUUCUCUUCUCAUAUUUUCUGUACCAACAGCCUCCUCCAUAGAGAUACUAAAAUGUUAUUGUAUUUAAAAUUUUUCAUUCAUUCAAAAAAUACUGAACAUCUACUACAUGCCAGGCACUAAGGAUACAAAAAUAAACAAAACAGGUAAGUUUCCUGCCAUGAAAGAUUUUGUCCAAAAGAUGAAUAUGUAAAUAAGUAAAUGUUAGUAUGUGAGACAGUAAUCAACACUAUGGAAAAAGUAUAGAAGCAUAAGAAAAAGGAAUGCAGGGCCUGGGGGUGGGUUUUUUUUUAAUCUCAUGUAGACAGGCUACAAAUAUUGUUUACAGAGAAAAAAGGUGGUGAAAUUUCAAUAUAAAAGCAUCUUUGAGUAUAGAAACAUUCAUAAAUUAGAAAUGCCCAGCACCUUAAAAACUGAAUAUUCUUACUAGAGUCCUAUAUAUAGAAUUUAAUUUUAGUAUUGUUCUUUGUGUUCUUUUUUCCUAAUUAGUAAUAAUACUGUACAGUGAUAUGGAUUUGAUGGCCUACAAAAUACUUUCACAUUAUUUCAUUUGACUGUCAAAAUUAUUUUGAGAAGUUGGCAAUGCAAAUGGUAUUAUUUUUAUUGUAAGGAGAAAUACACUGAAGUACAGAAGUCAGGAGUCCAGGCAAGGCCACAACGCUAUUGAGGUAUUCUGAUAGCCAUCGGGUUAGGAAUUGCUGUCCGACAAUUAGGCCUAUGCCCAACUAGGGAGGCAGUGAAGAAAGCAAUCUGAAAGAGUAAGGACACCUCAGCUCGAAAUGGACCCCAACUACUCCCACUCCACUGGUGGUUCCUGCACCUGCGCUGGCUCCUGCAAAUGCAAAGAGUGCAAAUGCACCUCCUGCAAGAAGAGCUGCUGUUGCUGCUGUCCUGCGGGUUGUGCCAAGUGUGCCCAGGGCAGCAUCUGCAACGGGGUGUCAGACAAGUGCAGUUGCUGUGCCUGAUGCGGGGGAGAGCCUGCCUCCCAAGAGAACAGAGCAGCAUGUAUCAGCCUGUAUUGUAAUAAUAUUUUAGUACACCACCAACCUAUUUUCUACAUUACAGUUUGUACAAAAUAGUGAAUCAUAAUAAAUGUUGUUGACUAUAAAAAAAAAAAAGAGUAAGGACAUUGUGAUCUUGCAAUUUUCACCAGCAAAGUCUGUGACAGCAAUGUGUUGGGGUUCUACUUAAAUAAA